CAGUGUUUCAUACACGCUUCCUGGAGGAUAACCACAGAGCCUUCCUACGGAGCAAGCAAGCCGGGGAGGUAGAAUGAGGUAUACAUAUCUAUGUGAAGGAACAUGAACAUGGACCCUUGAACUCAGGAAAUGACACACCCCCCGGCACAAUCUAGUAACGUUUUAGAGUUUUUAUUUGUUUUGUUUAUUUUCCAUCUCUGUCUUUGAUGGAAAACAACUGAUUAUGUGGCAUUUUUCAUUCAGAUGACACUUAGCUACGCGGUCAAUGUCCAAUUCUAUCUCACUACUGUAACGCCUGCUUGUCUCUUGAAGAGUGAUAUUUAAAUUCUACCUUGACACACCUUUCUCCUGCCUCCACAUAUCUCUCAUUUCUGUGGAAGACCGGGACGUUUGACAUCAGCACUUAACACGCAAUAUUCCACCACAAUCUAGUGCUAAGUAAAUUGCUAUAGCCUCCUUGCAAGACCAAGGUGUGUUCAUUUUGGUCUGAUUUAUAGUUUUAAGAUGUAUUGUUUUAUUUUAUGUUAUUUAAACUCUUGUUUGACAUGUAGCCAUCAUUUCUAAGCUGCACUUUAUUGAUAAAUAUAAAGAUAAUUUCAAACUGUAAUUUAAGCAUAUCUUUGAGUUAUAUUUUUUUAAUAUUUAGGGGUAUAUAUAUAAUGUUUUAAUUUUAAACUUGAAAAGUAUAUCGUUUUUGUUUACAAGCCUUGUCUGUCGAUCAUUCCGAAAUGGACAAAUCUAGAAUCUGAUAGCAUUUAAGGACAAGGCAGACAUAAUCUGGAAUUGACAGAUCUAAGAUCGAUCCUUGUCUUCGGCAUUUGCAUUGUGAAGGCUGGUGUUUUUCAUUGUUUUUAUGUUCCUCUGUUGGAUUGACACACUAAAGAGAAGAAUCUCCAUCUGAAGGCCAGUGGGAGUUAUUUUUUCUUGGACCGUACAAUACUUCUUUGAGUGCAGAUGGAUUUCACACGUCAAACUCAGAGGUGCUUUUGUGGCGUUGCCUUUGCAAUUCAAGCACUGAAGUAGAAGAAUGAUUUUAAGGUUUCAAGGAUAAAUAACUUGUGUUUUUAAUACAGACUGACAGGUCUAUAGUUAUAUUUUGGUCUUCCUAGCAGAUCCUAAGGAGAGGUGCUUCUAUUUGAUUCUCCUUUAAGGUGGCCAUCAGUGGCGAAAUGAACUGACAUGUGUAUCACUGCCUGAAUUUAAACAGACUUAAUCCAUCCAACAAACUGCCAACUGCAUGAAACACUCACACACCGUCCACCUGUCAGGAAACAGACCUUACCUACCCUAAACCUGAGGGUUGGAAGUCCUCUCCCGUCAAGCCCCCCACACUAAGGAUGCGUUCCCCAGAGCCCCCCAUCCCAUCCCCAGCUGAGGCGCUACUCCACUGCCAGUUCGGGGGCUGGACAACGGGCAGCAGCUGCAACAACAGCUGCCCCAACAGUCCUGGGGGUCUGUCGUCCCUGUCUCCCUCCCCCAACCCCUCUCCUGCCUCCAGCUACGCCUUGACCCUCACCCCCUCCCACAUCCACGUCCAGCGCCUGGCCCCCCGCCCUGGUAAAGAGGCACGUCUAAUACUACCCCUGUCAGAGCUGGCAGGGUGCAGCUGUCCCCGUGCCCCUGCUCCCCCCUUGCUGGUUCUAUACUGGUAUCCCCCGGGGAGGCGGAGGAAGGGGGUGUCCAGGAGGAGGCAGGUGAGGGCGUACCUGGCUGAGGCCAGGGUGGAGGCUGAGAGGUGGUCCACUGCUAUACAAUGUCUGCUCAGGGGAGUCGCCAUCACUGCUGACACAGAAAUUGGCAAACGUCUACUGCCCCGUCCCCGAAGGCUGCUGCUAUUGGUGAACCCCUUCAGUGGGAGAGGCCAGGCUAUGCAGUGGUGUCAGACACACAUCCUGCCAAUGAUCAGAGAGGCUAACAUCAGCUACAACCUGAUACAGACAGAGCGACAGAACCAUGCCAGAGAGUUGAUCAAAGAGAUCUCCCUGCCACAGUGGGACGGCAUCAUCAUCGUCUCUGGAGAUGGCCUGCUGCACGAGGUGAUCAAUGGUUUGAUGGAGCGUCCAGACUGGGAACUAGCAAUAAAGACACCUGUAGGCAUCCUGCCCUGUGGCUCUGGAAAUGCCCUGGCUGGCUCCAUCAACCACCAUGCAGGUUAUGACAUGUGCCUUCGGGAGCCUCUCCUCCUCAACUGCUGUUUUCAGCUCUGCCGUGGCGGAGUCAAGCCCAUGGAUUUGGUCUCUGUGACAACCAGCCCCGCCCCUUCUCAAAAUGGCCGUCCGGGUCUUCCCAGAAGGAUGUUCUCCUUCCUGUCUGUGGCCUGGGGCUUUGUGUCUGACGUGGACAUCGAGAGUGAGAGGUACCGGGGUCUGGGCUCGGCACGGUUCACCCUGGGCACUCUGGUCCGCCUGGCCUCCCUGCGCUCCUAUAAGGGCCGUUUGUCCUACCUGCCCCCCUCCAUAGUCGCCACAUCCCCAGACGCCAUUCCUCCGCCCCUGCACAGACCCCUGUCCCGCAGCAUCACUGAGGGCUUGGAGGGCUUCUGCCACACCCCCAUCCAACGCACCAGCUCUGACAUGGGCCUCAGCGAACAGAGGAGUCUGAGGAGGGUAGACACGGAAAGGGAGAGGGAGAGGGAGAUGGAGAGGCAGAGAGAGAGGGAGAGGGAGAGGAGGAGGGAGAGGGCCAGAGGAGGGGGAACGGGGGUGGUCAGGGCGAGUAGCUUGGCAGAGGAUAGAGAGGGAGAGGCGGGGAGGUCAGGGACAAGUUCGGAGAGAUCUGGGACGAGUUCGGAGUCGAACGAAAGGGAAGAUUGCAGGAUGGGAAGGAAGGAUGGGAUGACGAGGAACAUGGAAGAAAGGCCAGAUGAGGAAAGAGAAAACAGAACGAUGGAGCAGGACUCAGGGGUGAUAGAGGAUAUAGAGGAGAGAGUGAGGAAUGGGGAAGGCAGCAGCGGCUCAAUGGAUGGGGUGAUGGAAGCGACGGAGGUUGGAGAGGGUUACGGGGUGGACAUGGGGCGAGAGGCCAACGAGGACCCAGAGAGGUGUUGCUCGUACCCUGACAACCUCCAGCAGACCAGACUGGCUCUAAGGAAGAAUUCCGCCCCUUCCAGCCAGAUAGCUAACGCCUUCUUUAGCCAGCCCCUCAGCCAGGAGGCUGACCCCGUGUCUGGAGCCUCGUACAGAGCAGAAGAGAUGGAUCUGAACGGAACAUACUUCCAGAAAGAAGCUUACCCGCUGGACAUCGCCCGGGAGAGAGCCCUCACCAUAUCCUCUCCCUUCAGACACUCUCCUUUCUCCUUCAAGCCCAAAUCUCUGGACCAGAACGCAUCCCGCCCCAGACCCCUAUCCCUCCUUCACCACCCCCACUCCAACUCCCUACCCCCCAAACUCCCCUCCCUGUCCCUGUCCCUCUCCCUCUCUCCCACACCCCCUUCCUCCCCGUCCUGCGCCUCCCCCCACUCCUCCUCCUACCUCGUUCCGCGCCCCAACACCCCCAACUCUACCUCCCCUUCCCCGUCUCUCCAGUCCCCCUCCCCCUCCUUUACCUUUGACAUUGGAGAGCCUGCUGGACCCCUCAAGAACCGCCCCCCCAUCUCACUCCCUUUCAACCCCCCCAGGGAUGACCUCCUGCCCCCCUUGGACCAGGCCCUGCCGACCCGGGACUGGGUGACCAUCGAGGGGGACUUUGUGCUUGUGCUGGCCAUCUACCAGUCCCAUCUCGGGGCAGACCUCCACGCCGCCCCCCAAGCCAGGUUUGACGACGGGCUGAUCCACCUGACGUUUGUGCGAGCAGGGAUCUCCAGAGCCACCCUGCUCCGUCUGUUCCUGGCCAUGGAGAGGGGGGCACACCUGUCUCUCAGCUCCCCCUAUGUGAGCCACGUCCCAGCCAGGGCCUUCAGGCUGCAGCCCCUCUCCCCACGAGGAACACUCACUGUGGACGGGGAACUGGUGCCAUACGGCCCGCUGCAGGCACAGGUCCAUCCCUCUAUGUCCCGGCUCAUUGUCGGCGACUCUGGAGUGAAGAUCACCCGAUUCUGACAAGGGAUUGGCUGACCAGAUCAGCUGAUACGGCGCUCUCUCCAAUUAUAUAAUCUCUGUUGCCAUCUACGUUCACAGAGAAAGGGGAGGAAAAAAUCCUCAGACUGAAAAUAGACCGAAUCAUUUCUGGGGUUUAAUGGAAGGGAUCACCUGCUGAGCAGAGCGGCGGUGCAGGACGCAAGCCGAGGGAUUAAUAGAGAAUUUUAAAAACGGAUGAAAACGAGCUUUGUUGCACAGCUGUUGGAUUACACUCCGUUUAUCCUGAGAAGCCUGAACCUGCAUAGCCAU